AUGGAGUCAAUCGACCCGGCUACUGGUCGAACGCUGCCACCCGAUGCCAUCCAAAGAGUGCUAUUCGUAGCGAACCCCGUGCAUGUCUACAACAUCCCGCCCAUGACCCCCGGGAAGGGACAUGUCGCGGCGACCUGGACGGGAGAGGGUAGUAAUGACCGACAGAUCUUUACAGCGCGCAUGCGUGUCAUCGAGACUGCUAUCCCCGUGCCCGGCAACAACGCCGACGCCGACACCGAUGGUGAUGGCGACGAGCAGGUGAAGACGGAUAUCAUCCUCGAGGACGCCAGCACGGGCCAGCUAUUUGCCGCGGCACCGUACACGGCUGCCGCAAUUGUCGAGCCCGUCUCCGAUAGCUCGCGGUUCUUUGCGCUGCGCGUGCAGGACGACGCCGGCCGCAAAGCCACUCUAGGCGUCGGCUUCGAGGAGCGUAGCGAGGCUUUCGAUUUCGGUGUGUCCUUGCAGGAGGCCCAGAAGACCCUUGGCUGGAGCAAUCAGGCCGGGGGGCAGGCCGGGAAGAAGCCGGUCGUCGAGCGGAAAGACAGUGCUGAGAAGCGCGAUCUCAGCCUGAAGGAAGGCGAGACGAUUACGGUCAACUUACCGGGAAGAUUCGGCAGACGGAAGCCAGAGCCACCUCCUCAGGGUUCGAACAACGAAGGUCUAUCGUCGUUCUCGUUACCUCCGCCGCCGUCUUCGGCAUCACCUGCGGCAGCGCCUCGCGGUCCGGGAAUACUUCCGCCGCCGCCGACUUCGCAUAGCAGCACGCGCGCAAAACGGUUGUCGGCGCAGGAUUUAGGGUUUGACAACGGCAAGUUUGGAGAAUUUGCAUGA